UCAUAUUAUGACACUAGGUUGAUAUUUUUACACCCUCAGAGUUAAUAAUACUAACAUUUAAAACCAGAUCAUGUGGCAGUGACACAAUUCAGUUCAUCAGCCGCGGGAAUGUCCGCACGCACGACCAGAGGCGGACGCUCUCGGACCGAUGACGACGAUCCCGUCUCCUUCCGGCAGGGGGCGGUAGAGAGCCUCGCCGCCACCAGCCGCAGCAGCGGCAGCGCUGCGUAAUCAGGCAGGUCCAGGGCUGAGGGGCAGCGAGCCACACGGGGCUCUGCUCAGUGAUAAGACUCCUUGGAAGAAGAGCACCGCAGACUGCAGAGCGGACCCGCGACGUCGUGUCAGGACGUUCAAGCGCGUGAGCUGGACUUUUUACUCUUUUUUUGUUGACGCGUCACGGUCAAAAAGACACUUGACAAGGGAAGUCACUUGGAUAUAUUUUGAAUAAAGCUGGACAUCCUUGGACUAAUUUGAAACUUUCCCCACUUUCCCGAGUGUCCUCGGAUACAGCUCCGUCUUUGGGAAGUUGUGUGACUUGGAAAUGUCCUUAUACGCGUCUUCUGCGAAUUAAAUGUGAACUAUUGCGCUUCUUCUUUUUUUUAAUUCGCCGUAAAAACGCACACUUGUGCGCAAGGUGGACUAAAAAGAGAAGACAAACGGACAUCACGUUGAAGACAAAGCGACCUGAGUUGAAACUCGGAGGAUUUGUCACAGAGGAGAUCCUUUUGAUCUUCUCUCUUCUGCGGGGACUUCAAAGGUGCGUGCCGCGCGAGCCCGAGCGCGAGCGCUUUCUUCUCCCUCUCCUUCCUCGGGGUAUCUCGACCGGAGCAACACAACGGUGUGUGGACUGGACCGUCGGAUAGACGCGCGCGCAGUUCCGCAGGGCGAGCCGCUGUCAUCCCCCCUCCCCCCCACGCGCGCGCAGUGCUGAAGAGAGAGAGAGAGAGAGGGGGACUCUCGCGCUUCCAUAAAUGCCCGGUCCGUCGAAGAGGCUCGAGGCUGGGCAGCAUGAUGAGCUCGUGGGUGCAGCUGCUGCUCGCGGUGCUGGCGGCGUGUCCGCGGUCCGGUGUGGCCGAGGGGGAGCCUCUGCCUGCAGCCCUGGUGGAGCUGGUUAGAAACAGCCCCAUCUCCUCCAUCGAGGACCUCCAGCUGCUGCUGCUCUCUGACUCCGUAGACGAGGAGGACGGGACUUCUGCGGCCAACGGAGGUCAGAGACUCCCGAGGAGCCUCGACGCCCAGCCGGCCCAGCAGGCUCUGUGCAAAGUGCGCACGGAGGUGGUGGAGGUCACCCGGGCGAUGCUGGACCGCAGCAACGCCAACUUCAUGCUCUGGCCGCCCUGCGUGGAGGUGCAGCGCUGCUCCGGCUGCUGCAACACCAAGAGCCUGCAGUGCGUCCCGGUGGUCACGCACAUCAGAUACCUGCAGGUCAUGAAGAUCGAGUACAUCAACAGAAAGCCCAUUUACGCUAAAGCCGUGGUGUCGGUCGUGGACCACGUGGAGUGCCGGUGCCAGCCGGCGCCACGGCCGCCUGCGCCCAAGAAGAAGUCCUCACGCAGGCAGCAGAGCCACCGCAACCACACGCUCAGCCAGGGGCACGGACAGGUCAAGGUGCACUCCAAGGAUGAGCUCCAUCAGUGGGAUGAGCUGAAGCAGAACCAGAGGCACAACCUGGAGGACCUCCUGGAGCCGCACUGGAGCCCCAGAGGAGACACCUUCACUCCGCCUGGAGACAGGUACAGCCCGGCUGGGAGGGAGGCAGCUGGCCCCGGGGAGGGCGUCCCCGCGGCUCCCCACUGGGCGCACAAUGCCACCCAGACUACAGACCCCACUCAGCAUCUGGAGGGCGUGGAGAAGGAAAAUGGAAGGAUCUCAGACGGCAACGAGACCGUUUCCGAGGAGGUCAAGAACGAGUUGGCGGCGGGCCGGGACGGGCUGCCGCUCCCCGGCGCCGAAGGGACAGUUAACGAGGGAAACGGUAGCAGGGAGGAAGGCACGCGCACACAGAGUCCAUCACGGCACGACAACACGCCCGAACUCUCAAAGAGCCACGCGGGUGGAUCUUCUCACCCGGCUCCGGGUCGUCAGAACCCCGAAGCCGAGGUGAGUCCGAGCGAGGCGCCCGGCGAGCGAGCUGCGAGCAGGUUACGAGCGACCAAAGAGCCAAAUCCAGAGCCUCGAGAACCGGCGCGACGGAGAGACAAUGACACUCCGGAGGAGGUGAGGAUAUUACAGACGGAGGAAGAAAAGGUGGAGCAGGAGAGGAAAGAGCUUCUCCUCCUCCACAAGAGGCUGGACCAAGAGAAGGAGAUGCUGAGGCAGCAGCAGAUGAAGCGAGAGGAAAGGCAGAAGGAGAUGGAAACGGAUAGCCAGCACCACCCGCACGGUAAACACCGUCACCAUCUGCAAACAACAACAACAACAACAACACAGGAUCCAGCAGCAACAUCUGCGACGACCACACGGCGGGCUCCGGCCGCGGCAGGCCCCGGACCCCCAGCCCGCCCCAAGAAGAGGAUGAGGAAGAACCGCAAACGGAUCAGCAAGGCGGCGAUGAGAGCGAUGCUAAUGUAGAGCUACAAUAAGGCCAGGACACCUAGAGACUUGGUGCAUCCCGUGGACCCAGAGGUGCAGCCGAGUGACUCCCUUCACAUAAGUACUUAUUGACGUGUCAGUAACCCGCUCGCCCCGUGAGAUCCUCCGUAACACUACUAAUGACCGUCUGGUGAACCUGUAACGACGCCCGGGUGGAGGAAGACGAGGGUAAGAAGAAAAUGGAAUAUACACAACAAGUGGACCGUGUCAAGAAAAACGUGCUUGAAGACGGACAGGUUGUGUUCAAGCACCGGACCCGUGGGGCCCGGAGACGGCGUCGCCGUAGGACGGAGGACGACGGUGCAAUUUCAGAACUCUUCUUGAAACCUUGUUUUGAUAUCAACAAAGAAAAAACUGCACUUCGAUGUGGACGCCGCCGACUCGCUACGGGGUUGCAAAGACAAAGUCUGUUGCUGAAAGUCGCCUGAUAACCACAACCAGACGGACCACUGAGGACACAAAUGAACAUUACUAUUUCGUGUCAUUGAAGAUUCUGUUUUAUUUUAAUCCGAUAAUCUCAGAAACAAUCAUCUGCAACAAAAAAAGUGACGUUUUGACUAAAGUGAGCCUCGUCUUCACAUUCCUGAGGGGCUGAAGAUGAAGCCGUGUAGAUGCACCGCGGCCCGAUAUCAUUCAUUAGCUCCGUAAAGCGUCUCGUUCACCGUAUUUAAAUAUAUUUAACUCAUUGCAAACACUGGAAUUACACAGGAUGUGAUAACGAGAACAAAUCUCACCACCGAUGUGAGGGGAGAAGGUGCUAUCUGAAUACGAGGUGAUAGCGUUACACCUGUGACAUGACGUCGAGGUUUCUUAUUUAUUUAUCUGCCAUUUUCUUUGGAUUAACUUUUUAUUUUUUAUACAACAUACGACCAAACAAGAUGGCGGCUCAAACAGAAAAUCAUCAGAAGAUCAUGCAGUGUUUAACGUCUAUGUCAAAAAAGAGUUUGUUUUGUAUGACCAAGUGUGUGUGUGUGCAUGUGUGUGUGUGUGUGUGUGUGUGAGGGCGUGGGCCCACACCGACACUGCAUCCACACGCUCAUGGAGAAGCAUUAAUAUGUCUGUCUCUGUCUCUCCUGGAUAAAGACACUCCUCCACUGAAACGAUCAUCUUCCUUUUUAAACUCCGGGAGGAGGAGAGAAGAAACCCCGCCCUCCCCGUCUGACUUUGUUUUAACCCUCCUGUUAGUUUAGGGUCAAUUUGACCCCAUUCAAUGUUUAACGUCAGUGUUCUUUGGGGUCAAUUUGACCCCAGGCUGUUUUUCACUGUGUCAAACAGAUAAGAAAUAUCAACUUUUUUAUAUAUUUAAAGGGCUAUUUAGGUAGUCAACAAACAAACAUAAAGUACCUCACACUUAAACUUGGGAAACAAUAUGAAUACUAAUAAUUUUCUGGAGGUUUUAAUUGCUGGGGUCAAAUUGACCCCGAGGGUAAAAUAUGUCAGUAAAUAUAAAGGUAACAGGAGGGUUAAACAUUGAACGGGGUCAUAUUGACCCUGAGGUAACAGGAGGGUUAAUAAUCCACAACAUGUUUGUUUUUGACGUUUCAAUUGCAGGAAAUGAGAAGGGUCAAAAUCACGAGCGUCAGAAAGACACACAUUGCACAUCUAGUUGUUGGUUUUGUGUCCUUUAAAUAUUUCCAUGAGGAACAACAUGUUGUGUGCCAUCUGUGUCCAAUAAUCCAUCAUCGGCCAAACACCUUAAGUUAUUGAAAACAUGACCCGCACAUUGCUUUAUGCCAACUUACAACUGUUUCUGUCUGUUUUUAUUAUGGCAACAAAAACAACUAAAUGUUUUGCAAUAAUAAUUCAUGUUCUUUUCAUAUGGGUAUAAGAAGCUAAUGUGCUUGAAUCCA